ACGCGGCGGCUGUGGUGGCACCGGUCCGCGUUCCCUCUCCCUGCGCGUCCCACAGUUGCCCGACUCCCGACCGCUUUUUCCUGCUGACGCAAGAAGCAGUCAGUCUCGUAGCACGCCUCUCCGUCUACGCUCGUCGUCGCUCGAGCGACGCCAUUCCGCACGACGCAUCAUCGGCUGAUAGUUUCCUCGGCGACCGGAUAAAAAAACCGCAGCGAUAAGCGUCCUCGAGGGGGCCCCCACCCGACAACCCCUGGCCACAAGGCCGGGGCUCCCUCUCCACAAGAGCGCCACCCCGGCCAGCGGCGGCAGCAGCCAGGCAGGGUCUGGCUAUGCCUCCUCCGGACCACGUCGCAGUGCGAUGCCGACCAGAUCGACAGCAGCUGCAACGCUGACCAGCCGGUGUACGUAGACUGAACGAGCGACCCACGUGUUCACGCUUCGAAGGAUUUACUGCACGCGAUAGUCCGGGUUCCACCAUGGCUUCACCGAGGCCGGCCAUGGAGCGAGGGUGCUCACGGGUGUGCGUCAUACUGCUCUACCUGACUGGCAUGCUCCUCAUCAUAGCUGGCGCCGUCGCGGGUGGCUUCAUCGUCAACUACCCCGACAUCCUCUUCUAUCUGGCCCUUGCGUCCGGGUCAGCUAUUGUGCUCGGAAUCCUCUUUGUGUCGUUGUCGGCCUGUGUGUGCUCCAGGCGCAGGCCGCCGUCCUCCAAGGAUGCCCAACGGAAGUUUGCCGCGCCAACGUCGAACGGAGUCAAGGGCAGCUUGGCCACUGACUUCAAGGAAGCGUCCGUGGGCUCGCGGGAAGAGCUGAACGGCUCGGCACCUUCUUCGCGGCCCAGCGACGGACUGUUAAACAUUGCGCUCGAGAAGGGCGAGUUCUUUCACAAUUCUUCCAUCGACGCGUCGAACCCCAAGAAGGCGCAACAGAAACCCGUGACAAGCUCACCGCGGACGACGAAGGCGAAGCUCGCUCGGGAUGACGCCGUUUUCCCGGAGCCGCCGAAGGUGGCUGAAAUCUCCGCUGCCCAUCGGUCCCAACCCGACAGCCUUCGAAAAGCGAAGGCGAAGAACGGCAAACUCCCCAAGUCCCCGGCGAGCGUCGGUGACUUCGCCUCGUUGGGAUUUCAGGAGGACGACGGCGUCUUCGCGCCGGAAGAGGCGAAGAGCAAGCCUUCUGUAAAAGGGCGCGGAAGGGUACCGUUGACGGCAUUCAAGCAAACGUCGAAAUCGGUUUCGGACCUGGACGACGAAUCAUCGUUCGAUUCCACAACGCGGGCUCCCCAACAGCGGACUGCAACGACGCGUCCGGAAACGCCGCAGAUGGAGCCUCGGCUGGCGGUCAGCUGCCACAACAUCCUGAGCGAGGAGCCCGUGCGUGUGGGCAUCGCGCACCUGCGGCAGCGCGAGGACACGGUGGCCAGGAAACCUCCGGUGCCCCGCAAGGUGACCGGCAUCGCGCUGCCGGGCAUGGUUCAGCGAGCGCCCGCGGCCGGUGCGUCGUCGCAGAGCCAAGACGACUUGAGUCGCGUUCGCCUGAAACCGACUGAGCAGAAGCCUCGAGGUUCGCUGCGCGACCAGGUGCCGGAGGACGGCAAGCAGAGGCUUCAGCACAAGUCUGUGCCGGACUUUUUCCUGCAGGACGGCGGCGCCAAGCUCACUCUGCUGGACAGCAGUUCCAGUUCCUACGGCAAGUCGAGCCGAACCACGGCGCCGGAGACGCCGCUCAACACGUCCAUGGCGUCGUACGCCGAGCCGGUUGGGCCCGAGGACCUGCACAGGUGCAAUACCGUGGGGCUGCCACCGGUGCCGCUCCCGAAGCCCGCGACGAGCGGCCAGCAGUUCCGCUUGUACACGCCCAAGGAGGACGCCCUUGUGAUGGACAAACAGCCGCUGAUGGCAGACUGGGCGGCCAGCGUUUCGUCCAAAAGCGACACAUUUUCUAGUGACGAGGCAGAAUGCCAGAGACAGCUUAGCUCGUCCCAGGAGCUGCUUAUGGGAAGUGUCAAGUGCCUGGAAACGGAAAUCUAGUUUUAUGUGUGCAUUGCCGACAGUGAAGGCGCCUGGUGUGCCCUUCGAUGAAUAGCGAGUGGCCAUUUAGUUGUGACGCUUGGUUUACUACAUCCAUCAGACUGCUGAACGCUAACUACUGUCGUGAAGAUUAAAGUGUGGUGAUAUUAGCGCAACCUUCGCGAGUAAUAUUUCUCUCAUUUGAAUUUUAUCUGGAGUGAAUAUUUGCGCACGGAAAGUAACAAACAAAGGUUAAUGUGUACAUGUCUUAGACGAUGACCUGUACUCACGUAGUCACAUAGGCUAGACGCCUUCAUAUAACUUCUCCCCAAACGACCUAUAUCACCUUUUAUUAUUUUUCUUUCUGAGUACGGAUAGAUAGAAAGUCUGCUUUGACAGAUAGCGGUGUAACGGAUUUUCAGGUGGAUUUCUGAAGAAGGCUCAAACUAUCUGCAUGAAAAAUCGCAAUGUCCAGACACCUAAGUAAAUAUUCACACAUUAAACUUUUUUUUAAAAUUUGCAUUUGGGAACAUGUCGCGAUUGUAGAAGUCAUGUCUUCUUAGCCUAAUACUAGCACCACUUUAGAGACAUCCGUCCUAAAGAUCAGCCAAAAAAUACAUUGGCGUUCCAGUUAAGUUCCUUCCAAAGUGCUAGAGGUAGGCUUCUGGAAAACUGGAGCGCCAGUGUAUUUAGUAGUAGAUUUUAAGGGACUGAUGUACAAAAAGGGCUCCUAGACUUCGGACUUAUGCUAAGCCAACAUGACUACUAUUCGGCUUCAAUUUUGCAAUUUCGACAUGUAUCGCGAUAUGAUUUAUUAAAAGUAAUUAGACAACCUUCAAUUAGCUACAUGGACAUCGCAGUUUUUCGCACGAGUAAUGUUCGCCUCUUCAGGUGAUCCCCCUGAGCAGGGCGAGUUGCAAUAUAAGCUUCAAGUAAUCUAAAUGCCUUUCCUCUCUUUGCUCUCUCUCUCUCUCUCUCUUCAAGUAAUCUAAAAAAUAUAUGUUCGACCUAAAAAAACGCAUGAUGUGUUCCGUGUUAUACAGUGUGUGUGCUCGUCGUUACACAGUGAUGUAUACAUCUUCAGCCGACUGAUACUACAUGGUACUAUCGUUAUUUUUAUUAAAGCAAACGCGCGAUCGCUUGCCAGAUA